AUGAUGGACGCGACCGACGACUCUUCGGGCCCGAAUGCGCGGCCGCCUUGGACGAAAGUUCCGAUCGCACAGCUCUCACCGACUCUCGAACAACCGGAGGAGAAAUGCAUACAUGCGACCGUUACCCUAGUAUGGCCCUACUCGUCUUCAACAAAAUCCCUUGCUCUGCUUCUCGCCGAACCGGACUUCCGUCUACGCCGGCUAAAUGGACAAGUGAAAGCGGUCUUCCAUGGGCGCAUCGCAGAGAAAGUCGCCGGGUCGCUAGUUGGAAUCGGUGAUAACGUUCGCCUUGCGCUUAAAGGACUGAACUUUGUGGAGAAUGGCACCACCGCUCAAACACCUGGAAGAUCUAUUGCGUGGGAUGUACAUUUCGAGAAUAAUGUGUCACUUGAGAUCGAAUCUUCAAAGGGCCAGUCAACAGUUUACAUAGACGAAACCCCGCUUGCGACGCAUGAAGCCGAAUUGCUGCCACCCUCGACUCCGCGUAUGGUUUCGAUAGACCCAGAUAAUGCUUUCGUCGCAAAUGGAACAGGGGCCUGGGGAUCACCUGCGUUCUUACGCUCAUCGCGAUCCUCGUAUGGCGACAGUCUUGACUCUGCUUACGAUCCUUUUACCGAGGAAGAUGGUUUUGUUCGCGGCAAAGGGAGAAAGCGCCCGAGAUACAGCUUGCGCCGAGAGGAAUGGCGGGUUUUAGAUGAGCCUGAAAGUCCACGCGAACGUGAAAAAACUGUCGAUUGGGACCAGGCUCUUGAUGAAGACAUGGAUUUGGAACAAGAUGCAGCUUCAGUUGACAAUAUUGAACCGAGCGAGGGGCCCUCGGAUCAUGUGGUUUCAAAGCCCGAGAAAGUGGUCACUAAUGAGGACCCAUUUAUUGAAAGUUCGGAUGGUUUUGUCAAGCCUUCUCUUGAGCUUGCCGGUGGACUGUUUGGCAGAAGAGCACCACCUUCAGAUGAUGUGUUCGAAAAUGCUUCUAUAUCUCCUACGCCAGUCGCCCACUUGCCUACUGAUACGCCCCAACUACGACCCAUCCCGUCUCCCGGAUUGCCGAUUCCAUCGCCUAUCGUCUCAGAUCAAAAUAAUAGUCAGGGGUAUUUCUUUCCCUUUCACGCCGUCCCACAAGCCGAAGACGCUCAAUCCUUAUCUGUCGAUGUCAACAUUGACGCUACCAAUCAGGGCCUGUCCCACGACUUGGCAAUUCCCAUGGCAAUGGAGAACGCAGAGAAUCAUGAAUUGAACUUCAAUCAAGACAAGCUCACAAUUCAUCAAACUGUGCCAAGUAUGCAAGACCAAGACCAACACUUGCAGAACAACGCCAAUAUAUCUACAAGCCCAGUGGAGUUACUUGACCCUAUCGCUCCACAACUUGCCGAUAUCUCCAAGAUGGCCGUGCCCGAUGUCGAAACGAAACAUAUUGAUCAAAUCGAUGAAAUAAUUGUUACGGAAGAAUUGCAGGACCCUACCAUACCCCAUCCGCACGCGGAAGACGAAAUCGGGGUAGCUUCGACAUAUGAAAGAGAAAACAACAGUCCCAGAUCGGUACCAAUGACCGAUACAUUUUUCAAAGACAUUGGCUCACGAGAUGAAACCGCUAUUGAAUUGACGGGUGGACGAGGGGUACAUACGAUUCUAAGUGUUGAGACCCCAGAUCAAAUCUCCAGCGUAACAUCUCCUGAUCGUUCAGAGCGGUUUGAGCCACAGCUCGACGCCGAGGAAAGAAGCGAGAUGCAAUCAGAUGCAGAGGCUAGAACUAUCGCCGAGGAUGUGGAUGAUGAUGACGAUGAUGAUGGUGAUGACGAGUCACGCGAUGCUUAUUAUGAGGACGAAUACGAAGAAUUUUCCGAGAAGGAGCAUUAUGAAGAGGACGAGGAGGACGAGGAGGAAGAGGAGGAGGGAGAGGGAGAAGAGGAAGAUUCCGAAACGGAAAACCUUCCUCCUCGACCGCAGGCCCCUCCUGAAGUAAUAGUGUUGGAUAGUGACAGCGAUGAUGAACUCGCUUCGGAUCAAGUCCAAGCGCAGCCGCCGCCAUCACGUCCAGUGGACCAAGGACGAAGACUGGAAAUUUCAUCGCCUGCAGAAAGAACCCUCUCAUCAUUGGCCAAAUUUGAUAGCGACGAAGAAUGGUCUGGAAUUGAAGAGGAGGCAGGUUAUUAUGAGAUGGGGAGUGAAGAAUCGGACGAGGACCAAGACCAAAAUUCUGGUCAAGAUGAUCGAGUCCAUGAUAGCGAUCUAAAUGACGACGAGUCUUCGGUUGACGUAUUGGCCCGAACGGACUCCGUUUUUCAGUCUACAGCCGAGCCUUCAGUCGAGCCACAGUCUAAUUACGAUGAAGUCGAUGGGGGAGACUCGGAGGCUGAGGCGGCAGAAGAAAUGGAGGACUACUCGGAAGCUGAGGCUGAGGCUGAAAAUGAACCUGAUGUCGGUUUUGAAUCGGUUGAAAAGCCACAGCAAAUAAUUGAUCUUGAUUCAAGUUCGGACGAGGCUGAAGAGGCCAGAGAGGAUAUUGAAGAGAAUUAUGAAGAGGAAGUUGAAGAAGAAGUUGAAGAGGAAGUUGAAGAGGAAGUUGAAGAAGAAGUUGAAGAGGAAGUUGAAGAGGAAGUUGAAGAAGAAGUUGAAGAAGAAGUUGAAAAGAAAGUUAGAGAGAAAGUUGAAGAGGUAUUUGAGAAGGAGGCUGUCGAUAAAGUCGAGCGAUUCCACGUCGACCCUACAGCUCAACACAAUCAUGAAGAACCCCAUUACGGAAUGGACGGGGCAGACGAUCAACACACGCCGCCAUCCUCACAUCUUGAGCCGGUUCGCCAAACAACCAAUCAUGCUCAGCCACAUUUGGAAGUUCAGGCUAAAUUUCAGCGAGAAUUGGAGAAUGGGGAUUCAGUUGAUGAGAAUUCAAUCAAUGAAGAUCUUGAUUCGGUCUUGAAUACAACUGGCCAACAGCUCCCAACUCCAGCUCCCACCCAGGAACCACUGCCAACGCCCUUGAGAACCUACGACACAAGCAUUCCGCCCAGUACUCCAGUUGAGCAUACUGGUCUCCAGAUUCUAGGACCGCCUGUCCAAGAUCCCGGUUUGCAACCCAGGCAGCUUCAAGAAGAUGAACAAGUCGCUCCCGAUGCCCAUCCUGAUAUGGAAAAGGAUGGCUUAGGGAAUCAACCCCAGACUCCCGAGCCCCCAAAGGUCCUCAUCACAGCGCCUCGGGUCCCUGACCGCCACGCCCUUGGAUUGCGCAGCAAGCUUUCCUACUUCGCUCCCCUGGCUACACUCAUCGACCAUUACAAUGCUCUCGUGGAUACAAUCUCGAUCGUCCACGAAGCGACCCCCCAUCGCCAAAGCUGCCUCUGGCUCUAA